AUGAACGUGUCAUCUGCCAACAUGACCGUGGUUAUAGAGUAUCGAGACUCCUUCACUAAAGCUGUGACCAAGAAUGUGAUUGUUCUGGUUCUCGGGAUCUCCAUCAACUACAUCAAUGCAGGCCUCAUUCAGACUUUUCGCAAACACCAGAUAUUCUACAUGAAUCCUCGGUAUAUACUGUUUUUCCACUUGGUUGUCAACGACAUGAUCCAGGUCAUGCUGACAGUCAUGCUAUUCAUCAUCAGCUACAUCCUCUACAAAAUAAAUGUCUCUGUCUGUUGCACCUUCAUCCUGCUUGCUCUUUUCACCACUGAAAACACUCCUCUGAACCUGGCCUGCAUGGCGGUGGAGUGCUACAUCGCCAUCUGCGCACCCCUCCACCACAUACAGAUCUGCACCAUCAAGAGAACUUUAAUGCUGAUUGGUUUAAUCUGGGUGACCAGCAUGCUGUCUGUUCUUCCUGAUCUGUUCAUCACCUUGGCCACUCAGCCUCUGGACUUCUUUAAUACCCGGGUGUUCUGCCUCAGAGAAACUGCUUUUCCAAAUCCCCACAUUAUCGAAAAGAGGGAUAUUACCUAUAUUGUGUAUCUGGUUAUAGUUUGGUUUGUUAUCUUUUACACCUACUUCAGAAUUCUGUUCACUGCAAAAACUGCUAGCAAAGACGCUAAGAAAGCCAGAAACACAAUCCUCCUCCAUGGGUUUCAGCUGCUGCUGUGUAUGGCAACGUAUGCAGAACCUCUGUUAAAACACGCUCUACUGCAAUGGUUUCCUAAGAACUAUCCAGACUCCCUGUUUGCUUGUUACAUUAUUAUACAGAUCCUGCCACGAUCCAUUAGUCCGAUCAUCUAUGGCAUACGAGACCAGACUUUCAGGAAGUACCUGAAAAGAUACCUGUUGUGUAAAAUGAGCUCACAGUAA